AUGACCAAGUCCCAAGAAGACGAUCAUUCCACCCCCUCCUCGGAGCAGGUUGAGAAAGCUGAACACGGUGGCACUCCGCCCCUCGACGUCAACUACAACACCCAUGCCGUCAAGGGAGAUGAUUCUGAUGGAGUUGUUGAUUGGACUUGGCGCCAUGCCGUCGCCUCCAUCUCUCUUGCUGGGCUCUACGUAGGCGCCCAGAUUCCGCUUUACUUUGUGGGUGGCUCCCUCACCUACAUCGUGAAAGACAUCGGAUCGUCUGAAAAGUCCUCGUGGCUGCCCAUCGCAAACACACUGACCAUUGCCGUCGUGGCCCCCUUUGUCGGCUAUCUCCAAGAUCUGUUCGGCCGUCGCUACAUCUCUCUCGCGGGCGGCGUGACCAUCCUUAUCGGAGUCAUUCUCGUUGGCACAACGCACACUUUUGGCCAGGCGGUUGUUGGCAUGUCUCUUGCCGGUGCUGGAGCUGCCGUCGGUGAACUCACUGCUCUUGCUGGCAUUGCGGAACUUGUCCCUGUGAAGAAACGCGGUUUCUACCUUGCGCUGGUGACCUUUUUCGUUAUUCCAUUUGUUCCGUACGUCAUGUACGGCCAGAUCUUGAGCGCCUAUCACACUUGGAGAUGGGGCAUGUGGAUUUCACUGAUAUACAACGGCAUAUGCCUCGCAGUGGUGGCCCUCACAUAUUUUCCGCAGUCUCAUAGAAGAGGUGAAGAACUACCCAAGAUGGAGAUUCUCAAGUCUAUCGAUUACGUCGGGGCUUUCCUGUCCAUUGUCGGCCUGACUCUCUUCCUCGUUGCUCUUCAGGCUGGUGGAUACUCACAUCCUUGGUCCUCCGCCUAUGUUCUAUCCCUUCUUCUCGUCGGCAUCGUUCUGAUCAUCACAUUUUGCGUCUGGGAAGCCAAGUUCGCAAAGUUUCCAAUGGUACCAGGCGACUUGUUCAAAGGGCAACGAGUCGUCGCAGUGGCCUUCCUUGUGGCCUUUGUCGGCGGCUUGAAUUUCUACUCGUCAAUCAACUUCUAUCCGCUUGAGGCGUUGACGGUGUUCGAUCCGGAACCUGUCCAGGUCGGCCUCAAGGGCUUGGCCUCUGGCCUCGGGAUCACCAUUGGCGCCACGGUCAUCAAUGGUGCACUUUCGUGGUUUAAAGGAAAUGCUAGAGAACUGCUCCUUUUCUCAUGCGUUAUGAUGACUGCCUUUGGGGGAGCCUUAGCCGCGGUGACCCCCGACACUCCCGCGUUGAUCUACAUCUUCGGCGUCUUUUCAGGCGUUGGAGUCGGCGGCGUCCUCGUUCCACCAGCAACCGUCGCAAUUACCGUUGCACCCGACGAACUGAUCGCCACAUGUGUCGCCCUGUCUCUGUCCAUCCGUGUCGUUGGAGGCUCUAUCGGUUACAGCAUCUACUACAACAUUUUCUACCACAAGCUCAAGUCCAAGCUCCCCUACGUCGUUGCCGACUACGCCAUUGCAGCAGGCCUACCAAUCACCUCGGCCACACAAUUCGUCACUGCCUACAUUUUGGAUCCUUCUGCCCUGGCGUCUGUCCCUGGCGUCACUCCUGAGAUACUGAAGGCUGCAGCUAUUGGCAGCCGCUGGGGAUAUGCAUACGCGCUGAAAUAUGUUUGGUUGACAAGCAUUGCUUUUGGCGUCUGUGCCAUUGUAGCAUGCGCCUUUAUUGGAAACACCAAGAAGUACAUGACUAACCGUAUUGCUGCUCGUAUUGCGCAUUGA